UAGACCCCGAUUGGAUGUUUUAUCAUUCCCUGAUGAGUAUCUGUUUGAGCGUUUCCGUUUCUCUGCAUCAUCUAUAUUUUAUAUAAACGAUAUUCUCAGCCCUCACAUCGCUCACAUGACGCAUCGUGGACAUGCUCUCAGUUCCCGAGCAAAUUCUUUGUAUUGCACUUCGUUUUUUUGCCAACGGCAGUUUUUUGUAUAACGUCGGUGAUGCAGAGCAUGUGUCCAAGGCAACUGUCUGUCGGGCUGUCCGAAAUGUGACACUUGCACUGAAACGGCUACUAUGCACGUUUGUAGUGUUCCCAAGUCACAGACCCACCAGACUUCUCAAAGAAGAGUUCCACAGAAUUGCAGGGUUUCCAGGUGUGAUUGGCUGCAUAGAUGGCACUCACAUUCCUAUCAUCGCUCCUUCAAUAAAUGAAGGAGAUUAUGUGAAUAGGAAAUCUGUCCACAGCAUUAAUGUGCAGAUCAUAUGUGAUGGAGCCCACAUGAUUAACAAUGUGGAAGCGAAGUGGCCUGGGUCUGUGCAUGACUCACGAAUGUUUCGUGAGUCGACACUGAGUGCCAGAUUUGCCGGUGUAGAGUUCGAUGGUUACCUACUCGGAGACAGAGGGUACCCCUGCCAGCGCUAUCUGCUGACCCCUUACCCUGACCCUGAGCCUGGCCCACAGCGACACUACAACUUGGCUCACUGCAGGACACGAGCCAGAGUGGAGAUGACCAUCGGGAUACUCAAGGCCCGGUUCCAGUGCCUUCGUAGGCUCAGGGUCACCCCAGAGAGAGCUUGUGACAUUAUAGUGGCAUGUGUGGUUCUCCACAACAUUGCCACUAUUAGAGGAGAACAAUGUCCUACUCUUUCCCCCUGUGAUCCAGGUAUUAAUCAUACCCCCCCUGCUGAUACACGAGAUGGAAGAGCUGUUAGAGACAUGAUAUGUGUCAAGCAUUUCUAACUGACCCAUCACCUCCCCAAUGUUCAAGAACGACAAUAUGCAUCUCAUUUUAUGAGGUCUUCUUUAUUUCCUAGAAGGACAAAUUUUGUACAGUUGUUAAUCCUUUGUUGUUGAAACAAUUAAAAAACAUCCACCUGUGGGCACGUCACCCACCUUUAA